AUGUCGCGUCGCGCUCAAAUUGAAGAAGUCUCUGACUCUGACCCUGAAGAGGUCGCCCCAUCCUAUGACUCUGACGAGGAACUCCCCCGCAAUGCCAUUAUCGCACCUGUCAAUGUUCCGACCAGGGCUGCACCUCAACCCCAACAACAACAGACCCCUAUGCCAUCAAUGCCAGUCCCUGAGCCUCAGCGCGAGAUCCCUCGACACUUUUCAUGCCUAUACCCUGUGUAUUUCGAUAAGACUCGAUCGCGCGCCGAGGGCCGCAAAGUAGGUGCGGAGCUGGCAGUGGAAAACCCUCUUGCCAGAGAUAUCGUCGAUGCUGUCCAGCUGCUUGGCUUGAAUGCAGGACUAGAGCCUGAGAAGCUGCAUCCUAAGGAUUGGGCGAAUCCCGGCCGUGUGCGUGUGCAGGUCAAGAACGAGAACGGCCAAUUGGCCAACCCCAAGAUCAAAAACAAGCAUCACCUUUAUAUUCUUGUCGCACAGUACUUGAAAGCAAACCCCACUACCGAACAAUCACCCUACCGGCUACGAAUCCGUGGCCUGCCCAUGCCCGAGAAACUUCCAGCAGCUCCUCCUGCCCCGCGGGGUUGGAAGAUCGGGAAAGUCUUGCCAAUCCAUUCGCCCGCCUAUAGCGGUGGCGGUGUCAGUGACAACCCCCUCAAGGACGCGAUGGCCGAGAUGCAGGGCAUGCAGGGUAUGGAGGGAAUGCCUAACAUGUCAGAAAUGAUGAGCCAAAUGGGUGGGAUGGGCGGACUGAGCAAUAUGCUUGGUAGUUUGGGCGGCUUGGGUGGAAUGGGCGGAAUGGGCGGCGAGCCCUCAGGGGGUGCCGUGGAAAAGAAAAAGAAGGAAAAGAAGAAGGGCAAGGCGUGA